UAUAAUUCUUCGGCAUGGACGGUACACUCACCUCACCUGCACGGAUAUGAACCUACUUUUCCGGCCAAUUAAGCUUUUGUGGUGAAGAUAAGCCGCGGACAUUAAACUACGGGUUUAAUAUGACAGUUAGAGUGCUUCUUGUGAUACGUUACAGUUGCGCGAUUUAGUGAAGCAGCUGAACAACUUGUCAACAUUCUGUUCUAUGCUGGAACGGGAUGACGCGGCUUCAGAAAGCAGAAUUCUCACCAUUGGAGCAUGUGUUACAAUGUAACUUCUGAGAUGUCGAGGCUACUUUGUUGUUAUUUAAUACUCUGGUGAAACUUGCAUUCAUUUGUUGCCUUUACGGAAACGUUAUAUCAAGCCGACAUAGAAACCUGUAGAUUGUUCGGAAAUGACAACGCAACUAAGUCUGACUAGCGUUAACUGAUAAUUUGACUCUCGGUUCCUUGCUUCCGUUCAUAUUCUGGGAAUAUUCGAUGAUUUAUUGUACCGAUGUCAUUGGAUGACUUUACCACUCUAUACGGUUAAUUUUGUAAACAGUCCAGCAAGCUGCCAGCGGCCAGAGAGAUGCGGGCUCUUGGAAGAAACUGUUAAAAAGAACACAGAAGACGAGGGAACACGGUCACGCCGGUGUGCCCCUGUAUUUUCUCUUGAAAAGCCUACUGAUAGUCCUCAAACAGCUAAUCCUUUCUUGGAAAGCUGAACCUGACCGUCUGCCGCACUUGUCAAAAAUAAUUCACAGUGAAUGAAUCAAAAUGUCGGCUAUCACCGCGUCUGAGAAAGUGGACGGAUUCACCCGAAAGUCGAUGAGGAAGGCCCAGAAACAGAAGAAAUCUCAAGGCUCUUCCCAGUUUCGGACUCAGAGCGCCUGCCUUGAGCUUUCACCCCUUCCUCAGCUCAAAGACGCCCCUUCCACCGAGCAGCAGGAGCUGUUUGCGCAGAAGCUGCAGCAGUGCUGUGUGCUCUUUGACUUCAUGGACUCGGUGACGGACCUGAAGAGCAAGGAGAUCAAGCGGGCCACCCUGACCGAGCUGGUGGACUACGUCUCCACCAACCGCGGCGUGCUCACCGAGCAGUCCUACCCCGACAUCACACACAUGAUCUGCACCAAUAUUUUCCGGACUCUUCCACCCAGUGACAACCCAGACUUUGACCCAGAGGAGGAUGAACCCACCCUUGAGGCCUCCUGGCCUCACAUACAGCUGGUGUAUGAGUUCAUGCUGAGGUUCCUGGAGAACCCCGAUUUCCAGCCCAGCAUCGCCAAGAGGUACAUUGACCAGAAGUUUGUGCUGCAGCUGUUGGAGCUGUUUGACAGUGAGGACCCACGGGAACGUGACUUCCUGAAGACUGUACUCCACCGCAUCUACGGGAAGUUCCUGGGACUGCGCGCCUUUAUCAGGAAACAGAUCAACAACAUCUUCCUGCGGUUCAUCUUUGAGACGGAGCACUUCAACGGGGUGGCUGAGCUCCUGGAGAUCUUGGGAAGCAUCAUCAACGGCUUUGCCCUGCCACUGAAGGCCGAGCACAAACAGUUCCUCAUGAAGGUGCUCAUCCCUCUGCACACAGCCAAGGCACUGGCGCUGUUUCAUGCACAGCUGGCCUACUGCGUGGUCCAGUUCCUGGAGAAAGACCCCACCCUCACAGAACCGGUUAUCCGUGGACUCCUGAAGUUCUGGCCCAAAACUUGUAGUCAGAAAGAGGUGAUGUACCUGGGCGAGAUCGAGGAGAUUCUGGACGUGAUCGAGCCGACCCAGUUCAAAAAGGUCCAGGAGCCUCUCUUCAAGCAGAUUUCCAGAUGUGUGGCCAACCCUCACUUCCAGGUGGCCGAGCGGGCGCUCUACUUCUGGAAUAACGAGUACAUCCUGAGUCUGAUCGAGGAGAACAUCGGCACGGUCCUGCCCAUCAUGUUUGGGAGCCUGUACCGCAUCUCCAAAGAGCACUGGAAUCCGACAAUCGUAGCCCUGGUAUACAAUGUGCUGAAGACCCUGAUGGAGAUGAACAACGCUCUGUUUGACGAGCUCACAGCUUCCUACAAAGCUGACCGCCAACGAGAGAAGAAGAAGGAGCAGGAGCGUGAGGAGUUGUGGAAGAAGCUAGACGAGCUCCGACUACGCGACACGCAGAACAACAGCCACGGAGCGCCCAACGCCCUCAACAACAGCAACAACAACAACAAUAACAACAACAACAACGCCAACUCCAACCACCAUGACAAGAACGCCGACUCCGAUUCCGCCGCCGACACCACGAAUGAUGGCGUCACCACCACAGAGCAGGGCGCUACCAUGGAAACCAAAUGACACCAAAUCCUUGUUUUUUGACUACUUUUCUUGCCAGUCUGAGAUUGGUUUGUGACUAUAAAGGAAGUGGGGAUUUUUGGGAACAGAAAAAAAAGAAAUUAUAAAUAUAUAUAUAUAUUUAGAAAACAAACAGCAGAAGGUUGCAUUGGAGACCUCAGCAGUAUAAUAAAAAAAACUGUAUAGAACUACUUCAGUUGCCAGCUGUGUGGCAGAGAAAUUAUAUUUCAAGAACAUUUAAGACUAUUUUUGGAUGUUAACGUGUGGCCACAGUAUAUUAUGAAACUUUUAACUUUUAUUUUUUGGUCUGAUCAAAAGAUUUAUCCUUUCACAUCUAGUUUCUUAUCUGAGAAAUGAACUUUUUUGUGAUGUUUAAAUGUAUUAAUGUGGGAGGAAAGGUGGGGAAAACAAAAGACUUGAAAAAAAGUUUCUGAUUGUGCUGCACUUAGACAGACUCCAUAAAUGGCUAUUUUAAAAAUAAUUGUGUGUUUUAUAUGUGCUUUUUCUUCACUGCUGCCAAUGCUGGGGGUGCAAAUGUUUCUGGCUGGAGGAAUUUGUGUGUAUGCAUCUGAAUGUGUGUGUGUGUGUGUAUGUGUGUGUGUGUGUGUGUGUGUGUGUGCGUGUGUGCGGGUAUGUGUGCAUCUGUGUGUCUGUGUUUAAUAUUGGUUUAUAAUGUUGGUGAGAAGACAUUAUGAAUUCACAAUGCUUUAUGAGGUUCUGGUUAGGGGAAUGUGUGAGAGGUGCACUCUGCAACUUUGCUGGGAAACUACUCUGAGAUUAUAUUUGCAGCCGUGGACUAUUUAAGUAUUAGACCAGCUAUAGUUGCUGAAAGUGCACACAAAUCUAAUGUUAAGCCAGCUGGCAUAUUUUUUCCCAUAAAUUAAGAUUAAUAAAGGAUGGUAAUAGACCAGAGAUGAGCCAUAUAUUUUUUCCCAAGAGUGUCAUUUUAAUAUUUUUUUUAAUGGAUGUUUGAAGUACUACUCUGCUCAAAAGGUCUUUGUGGUAGCAAAUUCAAAAUGUUAAGGCCUUGGAUAAUGAUUUGUACCCGAGUAACAACAUAGAAAACUGUGCACAGGUGGUGUGACCUGCAUAAAAUGUUUAAAAAUGCAGGAGGAUCAUGUCAUCAUUCAUGAAAAAAAAAUGGCUAAGUACCACCUUUGGGCUGAUUUUCAUGUGUGUACUCCAUGUAGGGCAGUCACUGGCCACUGCAAUCUUGAAUAGGCGCUGGUGGAAAGGGGGUUUGGUGUGGUUCAGGAUGAACGUCUGUUCUCUGUGUGUCUGUCUAGUCUUUCUGAUGCCUUUCUGUCAGUGUACCAUUCCAAUCUCUGUGACAUACAAUCGUGUGGGGGAAACUGUUUUGUAAUGAAAGACCAUAAGUGGUUUUGAACACCGUUGAAAAAUAAAGUCUACCUUAUGUUUCUAA